GUUGUUUGGCGUGUUCCAGUUUCUGACUAGUCUUUAAUAUAUGCAUACUUAUAACUAACCCAUCGAGUCUACCCAACUCUACCCAUCCAUCGAACCACCACCACUAACACGCUCGACUUGCACCAAAACCCUAAUUCGACAAACACUAUGGGUCGGGCUACCGAGACAAACCAACACUCCAUGGCGUCGACCUGGACGACGGCCGACAAGAGCACGUGGAACCGCGCUCAAAAAACCAUGCAUUUCCUCAACGCGUAUCCCGUUCUCCCAGGCCAGCCGCUCCCAGUCCGCAAGAAGACAGAAAAGAUUCCAUACAUGGUCGCUUGGUCGCAGCAUCUUUACAUUAUUGUAUAUGCUGCCGUUCCAUUCAUAAUUCAUCAGGCAUAUACCUCUCUUACCGGCCACAGCUUGGGAAAGAUUGCCACAUUCGUCCUCUACACAUUCUCAUACAUGUUUAAUGCGGCGCGCGAAUCCCGCAUGCUACGCCAACUCGCAUAUAAAUAUGGCUGCCUUGAUGGAGAUGAAUACGACCGCGAUGGCAUUCCUGACGGCUAUGGUGCCGGCAAAAUCCUCGGCGAACUCUCCAAAACAUCAGCCAUUCGCCUGGCGCUGGCUGUCUGGGCUACAUACGACCCUACCUCGUCUCCCAUGACGGCUUUUAGCGACCCCAAAUGGUGGAUGUUGCUUGCUGCCAAGCUUUGUCUCUACGGUGUUGUUCUCGAUUUCUUUUUCUAUACCUACCACCGUGCAUGCCAUGAGGUUCCCAACUUGUGGAAGUACCACCGCACGCACCAUCUCGCCAAGCAUCCUACAGUCCUGCAUUCCGGCUGGGCAGACGACGAGCAGGAAAUCAUUGAGAUUCUGAUUGUACCCCUCCUCACAUUCGGCAGCCUUUGGGCCAUGGGCUUGCCUCUCGGGUUCUACGAUUGGUGGAUCUGCUUUGAAUAUGUCACCUAUGCAGAAGUUUGGGGUCACAGUGGUAUUCGCGUACAUGGCAUUGUGCCCUCUCCCAUCUCAUGGCUGCUUCAACUGCUUGACAUGGAGCUCGCUCUUGAGGACCAUGAUCUGCACCAUCGCAAGGGCUGGAAGAAGAGCUUCAACUAUGGCAAGCAGACCAGAGUUUGGGAUAGACUCUUUGGAACGACAACUAGCAGAUUGGAGGCUGUCGCCUCCAAUAUUGACUACUCUCAGCUGGUUCAAAUGCCGCUUCGGUAACUCAGCUGCUCUGCCGAGCAUAUGUGUUGCAGUCACCUUUUAAUGUUUUUUAAUGUUUUCAUGAAAUCUAUUGCAUCUUUUCACCUUGUAUAUACUAUAAAAUAUACUACUGUGUUU